ACUGAGAAGGUAAUUAUCAUCUUUCUAUUUGAGACAGCUACACUUUUGCUUCCACUUCACAUAAUAUUAAUCUUUCUCUCUCUCUCUCUCUCUUGAUCAAUGGAGGUCCCCCUCCAAUCCGUUUCCCACUCCAACUCAUAUCACACAACCAACAACACAAUCUCUCUUAUAUUUUCAUACAUACAUACAUUUCAUAUAUAUAUAUACACACUACUAUUCUCUAGUGUUACCAUAUAUAUUCCUCUCCUAUAUAUAUAUAUUAUUAUGAUCAUGAAGAAUUAUAACAACAACAAUCCUGAUCAAGUUGAUCAUUAUAAUACAAACAUGUUAUUAAAUAAUAAUAAUAAUAAGAUGAAGAAUAUGAAGUUGAGAAAAGGGUUAUGGUCACCAGAAGAAGAUGAGAAAUUGAUGAGAUACAUGUUGAGGAAUGGCCAAGGAUGUUGGAGUGACAUUGCUAGAAAUGCUGGUCUUCAAAGAUGUGGAAAGAGUUGUAGAUUGCGUUGGAUCAAUUACUUGAGGCCCGAUCUUAAACGUGGCGCUUUUUCGUCUCAUGAACAAGAUCUCAUUCUUCAUCUUCAUUCCAUUCUUGGUAACAGAUGGUCACAAAUAGCUGCUCGUUUACCAGGAAGAACAGACAAUGAAAUAAAGAAUUUUUGGAAUUCAACACUCAAAAAAAAGUUGAAUAAAUUGGGAGUCAACAACAACAACAACACUACUUCCACAACAACAACAACAACAACAACAUCCUCAUCUUCCCCAAACGACAGCAAUUCAUCAGAUCAAGAUAUUAUUAAUACUCAAACAUUAAUAAACACAAACAACAACAUUGUGAUGCAACAACAACAGGUUCCCAUGCACUUGGACUACUCAUCUUCCCCAUCAUCAUCUAAUUUCUACAUGCAUCACCAUCAUCACACUCCUAAUCUUGAUCAUGAUCAUGAUUUAUUAUUAGUCAAUAAUGAUAAUAAUGCAAUAAUACCCAAUUGCUUAUUUGGCUAUAAUAAUAAUAAUAGCCAUGAUCAUGAUCAUGAUCAUGAUAUUAUUAAUAGUACUACUCUUGGAGAUUAUGGAGUUUUGGACUAUGAUGAUCAUGAUCAUAAUAAGUACUUAUUUGAUGUUCCUAAUGACCUAAUUCAUCAUCACAAUAUGGGGGCUUCAUUGGUUACUACUAGUAAUAAUAGUAGUAGCAGUAAUAGUACUUGUUUUAAUAUGGGAGACAAUUUUAAAGGAGAAGGUACUAUGAUCUUGGGUGGAGGGCAAAAUGGUAAUAUUAACAACAAUAAUAUUAUUAAUGGAGAAAACUUCAAAAUGGGAGAAUGGGAUUUUGAGGGUUUGAUCCAAGAUAUUUCUUCCUUCCCUUUCCUUGAUUUCCAAGUCUAAAAUUGCAUUUUGGAAAUUGGACCCCCCCCCAAUAUUAAAAAACCUACCUUUCUUCUUUUCUUUUGUCAAAAAUACCAUUUUUUUUUCCAAUAAUACCCUUUUUGGAAUUUUGAUUCAUUAUUCCUAUUCAAACAAAAACAUUAAAAAAAAAAACCCUUUUUCUUCUUUUCCCAUUUUCUUUGAAAUUGUCUUCUUUUAAAGUUGUCCAUAUAGAUAAUUUAGAAUAUCACCAAGUGAAAGAGAGAAAAAGAGAGAGCUUUUGUUGUAUGUUUUCAGGCAAAAUUUGGACAAUGUUUGAGAAAGAGAGAAUUGUGAUUAUAUAUAUAUGUAUAGAAGUUGUUGUAUACUAGAGAUAUACAUAUAGAGAGAAAAUAAAGGAUUUAUUAAUAAAUAUUUGUUGGUGAUCAAUGAUCAUGCAUAUUGUUUUUAUGUGUAAAAAAAGAAUAAUAAUAUCACUAGGAAAGAAGUUGUUAUUACAAGUAGUGGUCGAAGAUGUAAUAUAUGCAAUUCAUAUAUUUUUUUAUAUUAUUGUAAAGAUUAAUUACUUUAAUAAGAAGCAAAAAUAAGUUCAUUUUCUUUGA